GUGCAGUGUGGCCGUGGUUAUUACUUCAGCUCCACUCCUCACAACCGAAAGGAACAGAUGAAGCAAGACUGAAAUUUCACUUUGCAACAUUUGUGCACUGAGUAACUUUGCCGAGUGGAGUACAGGACAGCGCAGCGAGAGACUCAGGCAGAGACAGCAGUUGUGCCGAGUUGGGAGCAGGAGGUGAUGCUCGAUGGCCGAGAAGAGGUUGAGCAGACACAGCAGGAGGACGGCACGGCGGAGGAGAGAGCUGCCGGAGGAGCCGGGAGAGAACGUGGGGCGGAGGGACGAGGCCUACAUGAUCCAGAAGGUUCGAGAGUUCUUCCAUGAGGUCGGUGGAGAUGACAGGGGCUCCAUCACACGGACUGACAUGCAGACGCUCCAGGCAAAGUUUGGCUUCAGCCCUCAGGACCUGGAGGUGGUGUUUGACAAGCUGGACGUGCAUGGCAACGGGUACCUGACUCGCGAGGAGCUCACUGACCAGCUGAGUCACUUCCUAACAGACCAGAACCAGGGAGGAGAUGAGGACGUUGAGCAGCAAAUGGCAGACACCUCUUACCAGUCACAGGGACUGCAACAACAAGUACAAACCGAGGACGAGGAGAAGCAACAUUUUGAAAAAUUGGUGGAGCGUCUCGGAGCCACAGUCAUAUCUGAACAUCGCUCUGAGAUGUGGAAGCUGUGGGUGCAGAUACGGAGGGAAGAGCCCAACCUCCUCGGCCUCCUGGAGGAUUUCAUGGCUAAGGUGACCUCACAGAUUCAGGAAUCUCAGCAGGAGAAGGAAGAGGUGGAAAAGACAUUAAAACGGCGGGUCACGGACCACAACACUGAGGUCCAGCGGCUGUACGAGGAGAUGGAGCAGCAGAUCGCCAGCGAGAAUGAGAGAUUCCAGAGUGAGCUGCGCAGGGAGCAGGAUGUCACACUGGCCGAGAACGAGAAGCUGAAACUUAGCAACAGGGAGCUGGAGAUACAGCUGCAGGAGACACGCAAUCAGCUGGUGGCCCAACAGCAGGAAGCAGAGCGGGUCACAGAGCACAUCGCUGAGGUCCGGAGGCAAGACCAGGAGGAGGAGCAACAGAUCUCCAAUGAGAACGAGAGCAUCCAGAGUGAGUUGCAGGAGCUGCGCAGGGAGCAGGAUGUCACAUUGGCCGAGAACGAGAAGCUGAAACUCAACACCGAGGAGCUGGAGAUACAGCUGCAGGAGACACGCAAUCAGCUGGUGGCUCAACAGCAGGAAGCAGAGCGGAUCACGGAGCUCAAAGCUGAGGUCCAGCGGCUAAACCAGGAGAAAGAGCAACAGAUCUCCAGCAAGAACGAACGCUUCCAGAGUGAGCUGCAGACGCUGCGCAGGGAGCAGGAUGUCACAUUGGCCGAGAAUGAGAAGCUGAAACUCAACAACCAGGAGCUGGAGAUACAGCUGCAGGAGACACGCAAUCAGCUGGUGGCCCAACAACAGGAAGCAGAGCGGCUCACGGAGCUCAAUGCUGAGGGCCAGCGGCUAAACCAGGAGAAGGAGCCACAGAUCUCCAACGAGAAUGAGAGCUUGCAGAGUGAGCUGCAGACGCAGCGCAGGGAGCAGGAUGUCACAUUGGCCGAGAACGAGAAGCUGAAACUCAACAACCAGGAGCUGGAGAUACAGCUGCAGGAGACACACAAUCAGCUGGUGGCCCAACAGCAGGAAGCAGAGCGGCUCACGGAGCUGAACACUGAGGUCCAGCGGCUAAACCAGGAGAUGGAGCAACAGAUUUCUAGCGAGGAUGAGCGCUUCCAGAGUGAGUUGCAGGCUCUGCACAGGGAGCAGGAUGUCACAUUGGCCGAGAACGAGAAGCUGAAACUCAACAACCAGGAGCUGGAGAUACAGCUGCAGGAGACACGCAAUCAGCUGGUGGCCCAACAGCAGGAAGCAGAGCGGCUCACGGAGCUCAAAGCUGAGGUCCAGCGGCUGGACAAGGAGAAGGAGCAACAGAUUUCCAGUGAGACCGAACGCUUCCAGAGUGAGCUGCAGACGCUGCGCAGGGAGCAGGAUGUCACAUUGGCCGAGAACAAGAAGCUGAAACUCAACAACCAGGAGCUUGAGAUACAGCUGCAGGAGACACGCAAUCAGCUGGUGGCCCAACAGCAGGAAGCAGAGCGAAUCACGGAGCUCAACGCUGAGGUCCAGCGGUUAAACCAGGAGAUGGAGCAACAGAUUUCCAGUGAGACUGAGCGCUUCCAGAAUGAGGUGCAGGGGCAGCUGCAGACGCUGCGCAGGGAGCAGUAUGUCACAUUGGCCGAGAAUGAGAAGCUGAAACUCAACAACCAGGAGCUGGAGAUACAGCUGCAGGAGACACGCAAUCAGCUGGUGGCCCAACAGCAGGAAGCAGAGCGGCUCACGGAGCACAACACUGAAGUCCAGCGGCUGGACAAGGAGGCGAAGCCACAGAUCUCCAGCGAGGACGAGCACUUGCAGAGUGAGCUGCAGACGCUGCGCAGGGAGCAGGAUGUCACAUUGGCCGAGAACGAGAAGCUGAAACUCAACAACCAGGAGCUGGAGAUACAGCUGCAGGAGACACACAAUCAGCUGGUGGCCCAACAGCAGGAAGCAGAGCGGCUCACGGAGCUCAAUGCUGAGGUCCAGCGGCUAAACCAGGAGAUGGAGCAACAGAUUUCCAGUGAGACCAAGCGCUUCCAGAGUGAGUUGCAGACGCUGCGCAGGGAGCAGGAUGUCACAUUGGCCGAGAACGAGAAGCUGAAACUCAACAACCAGGAGCUGGAGAUACAGCUGCAGGAGACACGCAAUCAGCUGGUGGCCCAACAGCAGGAAGCAGAUCGGGUCAACACUGAGGUCCAACAGCUGAACAAGGAGGCGGAGCCACAGAUCUCCAGCGAGAAUGAGAGCUUGCAGAGUGAGCUGCAGACGCUGCGCAGGGAGCAGGAUGCCACAUUGGCCGAGAACGAGAAGCUGAAACUCAACAACCAGGAGCUGGAGAUACAGCUGCAGGAGACACGCAAUCAGCUGGUGGCCCAACAGCAGCAAGCAGAGAGUUUGAGGAUUGGCGCUGCUGCUGUCCAAGGGAGUCAGGAACCCCUGUCCCGAAAGGAGUCUUCGCUGCCUUACCUGAAGUCGGAUAAUCAGGCAGAGGUUGAGAGAAGUUCUGGAGCUAGAGUUAGUGAGGAAAAGGAAGCGGAUUUACUGCGUGAUGGUGAAGCAGGGCCAAGCAAAGAGACUGAGAUGAUACGCAGCCCGGAGCGUCUCUACAAUGUCAUGUUUAUUGGGAGCACAAAUGUCGGCAAGACAUCCUUCAUCCAGCGUUUCUACAAUGGCACUUUCAGCCCGGGGUCACCUGCCACUCUGGGGAUAGAUUGUGUGAUACGGACGAUGACUGUGGCAAAGCGAUGUGUGGCACUCCAGCUUUGGGACACCGCUGGACAGGAACGCUUCCGGAGUCUGACAAAGCAGUUUUUGCGCAAAUCUGAUGCAGUGGUUGUCAUGUACGACAUUACAGCGUCUCAGUCCUUCACCGAGGUCCGUUACUGGCUGCAUUGUGUACAGGAGGUGGCCUCUGAAGCUGUUCUCAUCCUCCUUUUGGGUAACAAGAGUGAUGAUGCUGCCAAUCGGCAAGUCCCCCACGAGGCAGGAGAGCGAUUGGCCCAGGAGUGCGCUGUCAUGUUCUUUGAAUGCAGUGCAUGUACCAACCACAACAUCACAGCCCCACUGGAGCAACUAACAGUGCUAUUGGAAAAACAGGAGCAGAAGGUUAAGGAGAUAGUGGUGGAGGAGCCGGCGGUGGAGAUAUUGACAUCAGCUGCUCAGAAAAACAAGUGCUGCGUAUAGGAACAGCAUCAUCAGACUCCCACGACAGUCAGCGAUAUGGUGCAGCACAGCUGGACACCAACCACUGUCCCAGGGUAGCUCUGUGCCCACCUCACAGACUGAGAGUGCAGCUCUCUGGUUCCACCAACACCAUUACCAUAAAGGAAACGCAAGAACGACAACAACAACUCCAACAACUCGCAUUUAUAUAGCGCCCUUCACGCCGGACAGACAGCGUCUCGCAGCGCCUUCCGAGAAUUGUUUGUUAAUAGCUAAACUUUGGCAAAAGUUCCCGCAAUGUUCAUUGUCAACGCAGCAAAGAAACUCCCCCAGAGGCGAUGCAGCGAUUGACACCCAGCUCAGCCCGUGCGUCUCAGUGAACCCCAAGCACACCCUCGGGACCAGAUAACCCCUGCACUCUGUGCGUUCGCAGCACUCACUGCACACUAUACUCUGCGUCAGCCUGGUGUAGCGGUAACGCUCUCAACUCCGAAUCAGAAGGUUGUGGGUUCAAGCCCCACCUCGGGACUUGGAA